UCCGGCCCGCUGCUGAGCGGAGGCGGGAGGUGCGCUGAUCCUCGUUGGCUGCGCGGCCGUGGCGUCACCUCCGGGCGGCAGCGGGGCGGCAGCGGCGUGGUGGGCGCGCGGAGGCGGCAGCCCCUCUCCCAAAGCCGCCAUGGAUUACCUCUCCAAGCCCGGCUUCCUCAGCAUCCUGGCGGGGGUUGCCUGCGGUGUGUGCCUGGGAUGGGGCAUCCGCGGGCGGCUCCUGCGGCAGCACCGCGCCGUGGCUGCGUCCGCCGGCAGCUGCGGGACCGAAACCAACGUCAUGGGAGAGUCGGGAGAGUUCAAGAUGGUGCUGAUCGUCCGCAACGAUCUGAAGAUGGGGAAGGGUAAAGUAGCGGCGCAGUGUUCCCACGCGGCCGUUUCUGCUUACAAGCAGGUUCAAAGGAGGAACCCUGAGCUCCUGAAGCAGUGGGAGUACUGCGGGCAGCCCAAGGUGGUCCUCAGAGCUCCCGAUGAAGAGACUCUGAUUCAGCUCCUGGCUGAUGCCAAGCGCCUGGGACUGACUGUGAGCUUAAUACAGGAUGCUGGUCGCACUCAGAUAGCGCCAGGCUCCCAGACCGUCCUCGGUAUCGGGCCGGGACCUGCUGAUGUAGUAGAUAAAGUUUCUGGUCAUCUAAAACUCUUCUGAGCUGGGGAGCAAAGGAAUUUGAGUGCACCGGUAUAUAGAUGAGUGCUGAAGGGAUAAAAUCCCAGAUUUGGGAUGUUUCAUUGUGUUCUCCCAGUAGAAAUAAAGUUACCAUUUUUUGUAAAAGAUGUAAAUUUGCAAAGCUUAAUACUGUUGAUGAGCUUU